AUGAUUAAUAAUAUAUCUAGAAAUUUAUUAAAAAGGGGGUUAUUACAAUAUUCAAAUAAAUUUAAUAUUUCAACUAUUAGAAAUUUGAAUUCAAAUUCAAAUUUAUUUAAAACAAAUAAUUUCAAUAAUUGUUUAAUUAAAUCAUUCUCGACUAUUAAACCAGAAAAUGAAACAAAUGCUGCAACAACAACAGAAGAUAUAAAUAUUAAUAAAGAUGAAAUAAUUAAUAGUGAUUAUGAUAAAGAAAUUUUAAAAUAUAUUCCAAAUCCAAAAUAUUUAGCAAAGGAACAAAUGAGAAAAGAAAAGAGUUGGUAUCUUGCUUUAUUAGGAUUCUAUUCAAAGGAUACAAUUUCAUUACAUAAUUCAUAUCGUAUUUAUGAAGAAAUUGCAAAACAAUCAUCUGAUAUUGAAUUUUAUAAACAAUCAAAUUUACCAGUUAAUGUUAGAAGUUGGUUUACCAUAUCUGUACUUCAUAUUUGGAUUGUAUUUGUACGUUUAAGAAAAGAUUUAAAACUUUCAAAACAAUUACAAAUUGAUUUAUAUGAUCGUUUUUGGGAAGAUUUAGAAAAAAAAAUAGCAAUUGCUGGUAUUAAAAAAAGAUUUAUUCCAAAAUAUUUAAAAGAUUUUUAUACAACUUAUUUAGGAACAUUAAUUUCAUAUGAUGAAGGUUUAUUUGAUGAUACAGUAUUAUGUAAUGCAUUAUGGAGAAACUUUUAUGCAAUGAGUCCAGAUGUUACACCACAACAACUUUUGGAUAUGGUUAAAUUCAUUCGUGUUCAAUUAAAUCAUAUUGAUAAUUUACCAGAUGUAAUUGAACGUGGUGAAAUUUCAUUUCAUUCAAUUAAUGAUGUAAAGAAAUUAAAAUAA